GUCGAUGCCCCACGCGUCUCUCCCACCCGAGAAUGUCGAUUUCACAUUUAUUGUGGGGAAACAACUCAACUUACUCUCUCAACGAGAACAUGAACUUGCCAAUAACCACGCAAUCACCUGGGGUACAAUAUGCACAAAUCGUAAGCGAUGAGCAGUGGUACAUUUUCCAAGUGGUCAACGUGGUGGUCAUCUCUGGUCUCCUCAGUCUGUUCGGCGUGGCCUCCAACAUCAUCAACAUUGUGGUGUUUGCCAAGCAAGGCUUUCAGGACAGCAUGAACAUCAGCCUCAUGGGGCUCGCUGUCGCUGACCUGUGCUCCCUGCUGACCAUGAUAUGGAUAAGCAUCUGCAUGAACCCACUCUUCUACAACUCUGAGUUGCCCUUUGACUCAACGGAUAUCUCGUACCUCACGGGGUCAGCGCCGCACGUACUCUUUGUCAAAAUCGCCACUUUUAUCACCGCCUUCAUCACCUUCGAACGAUGUCUGUGUAUCGCUGUCCCUCUGAAGGUGAAGACGAUCAUCACACCGGGAAGGACAAAGAUAAUUAUUAUCUCCAUCUACAUUACAAUAACCAUUUUGAUUAUCCCCUUCUUCCUUGGCCAUAGAUUUGAGUGGGUUUUCGAUUUCACCAGGAAUGCCACUAUACUAAAAUCUACCUACACGGCUGAGAGAGAAAUGCUAGAAGUCAUUUCGUUUCUCACUCUAGGUGUAUUUGCUACGACAUUUUCCUUCGUCUUCGUCAUCUGCUGUACCAUCGUUCUCAUCGUCAAACUCAACAGUAAAACAAAAUGGCGACUAGCCACUGCAGCCAAGUCUGAUCGUGCAGCGGGAGGUGUUGGGGUCAAAGAUCAAAAGGUUGUGAAAAUGGUGACCUUCAUCGCUGUCAUUUUCAUCGUCUGCGCCGUACCUCCCACGCUCCUGUUUUUCUAUAUGCUGAUUGACCCAAGUUUCCGUUUUUUUGGAGUCUAUCAAAAUCUCUAUCUUGUCAUUUGGACUUCAUCAUUUCUUACAGAAACUGUCAACUCUAGCGUGAAUAUAUUUGUGUAUCUGAAAAUGAGUUCGAGAUAUCGAGCAGUGUUUAUGAAAACAUUUUGGAACGCGGAGGAAAAAUAACUUUUCAGCUGCAGAGAAGAGGAAAAUUAUCUACUUGAAAAUGAACGAAAUAAAAUCAAUCCUAUAAAA